CCUCCUCUCUUCAUACCUCGCUGUCAUCGACACCGUCCAACCCUCUCUUCCUCCUCUCAUACCUUGUUCAUCUACCUCUCAAACACUCCAAAUCACUCCUUCCCUCCUCCUCCCAUUCCUUCCACUCACAUCAACCUCUACCCACAAUGUCGGCCAGUGACGUCAAGGCGCGGAGAGAAAUGCAGCGGAAGUGCAAGGCUGACGAGCGGGCGCUGACAAAGCAGCUAGUCUACAAGCUCGAUGCCCUCCUGCCCUACGGCCAGGGCUCCCUCCCUGCCGACCCCCAGCUGUCCAAGAGGAAAGGAGCCCUUCCUUCCCGCAGGAACCAGCUGCAGCUGCUGAGAGACGCCAUCCUGCACGUGCAGAGCGCGGCGAAGCGACCGACAGGGGAGGAGCUGAUGGAGGGGCUGCUAUCGACGUGGGAGGAUAGGAUGGUGGUGGUGGAGCUAUCGACGUGGAGGAUCCAGGGGAUGAGCGAGAAGCUAAAGGAGGACUUCAAGGAAUCCAUGUUUGCUAGUACGAUGGUGGGGCGGUGCUGCUGCACUAUGUGGACUAUGCCAGUGCAGACAGACUUCGCUGCUUCUCGCAAACAGCGGAGAUGGGAGGCCUUGGGGCUCAGCAUCAGGGCACGUGUCAGUCUCUGGCAGGAGUGGAUGUGAAGAUGAG